AUGAGUGUGGAGCACGUUGUCUGCUACGCCUGUAGCGUUUGGUGGAAGGACACUGCCAACGUCAGUCAGAGUAGGACACUACUCACGAUCCAGCAUCCCGCUGCUUUGCGGAUCACGCAAGCAUACAGAACUGUGUCAACGGAUGCGGCCCUGGUCUUGGCCGGGCUGCUCCCUUUGCCUCUGGUUGUCAGCCAAGAGGCAGCCUUCUACAGAACAACAGUGGAAGGUAGAGAGGCCAUGCAUUGUAAUCAGAAGUACCCGAUCAGACUUAGGCGUCAGACAGACUUACUAAAGGUCCAUCCUGCCCUUAGGAUUGGACUGGAUUGGGAAAUCGGUGAACCGACUGGUACGGGUGUUGAGAUAUACACCGAUGGCUCAAAGGACGGCAGCUUAGUAGGCGCCGCAUACUGCGUCUUUUCCGACGGAGUUGAAGUGUACAGCAGAACUGUCAGACUGAACGAGGAGGCGUCCGUGUUCCAGGCAGAACUGGUGGCCCUGGAGGGGGCGUCCCAGUGGAUCCUACUACAUCCGGGUCCAGAGCCGGUCACGGUUUACUCAGAUAGCCAGUCGUCGUUACAGGCUUUAAGCGACGGGUACCAUCGUGACCCAUUGGUACACGAGAUCAGAGGUAGGGUACUGAGGGCGAGGCACGAGCGACACGUUGCCCUGCGGUGGGUAAGAGGUCACACCGGUGUCCUGGGCAACGAACGGGCCGAUCAGCUUGCAAAGGCGGGAGCCAGUGGCCCAUUUGUUACGAGGAUGGUAGAUCCCUCGACUACAUACUUAAAAGGUACCCUACUGCAGAGAUCGAUGAUAAGCUGGCGAGAGCGCUGGACUCUAAGUACGGUAGGUAGGUCAACCUACGCCUUCGUGCCUGUAGUUGGCCUCACUCCGAUAAGUUGUUGCUCGUUGUCGACUCAAAUCUUAAGAGUGCCAAAAUGA